UGAAGAAUGAAAAGCAUGACGCCAGAAAAGCUGAUAUUUGGAGCCUUGGUGUCGUGCUCUAUGCCAUGACCACCGGCAGACUGCCAUUCUACAAGCCUAAUAUGGAAGACCUUAUUGAAGACAUGGCAAUGAGCAGACUAACUUUUGCAAAGGGAAUGUCCAAAGCACCAGGAAGAGGAGGAUGAGUUCCCUUUUCCAUGUAUGGCCAACACUGCCAGUAAUCUCCGUACUGAGCAGCUGAAAAGGGAUUCUUCCACCGUUGUUCUGCGUAGAAACACCUCUCACGAAUCAGUGGAAGUUGUCAAAUUGAGGUCAAGGGUACCUGGCCAUGACAACCCAUUGUACAAGGCAGGGCUUCUUGACUUGACUCCCAGGGAGUCCAGGAUUGCUUUUAAAGCCCCAGUGCCCCAUGUUCCACACAGGCCUACAACCUGUAAACCUAGCGUUGCUCCUCAGAAGGCCCCACUCCGCCGGGCCAGCAUGGUCCGCCCUCUCAUCACACUGAGUGGCACCAGUAUUAGUCCAACUGUGAAACCACUUGUCAAAGGAGCAAGCCUUGAACUGGAGAUGAACGCCAUCAUUUCUCCCAAGUUCACUCCUGCUCCACCCCCCACACCAAAGCCAGGGUCCACUUUGCACUUGACCAGCAGGAGAGUACGCCCCAGGAUUGACAUCAGGCAGAGUAUAGAAGCUCUGAGGCAGGCCACCACGAAUCCACCAGCGAGCAUGCAGGAUGCAGUGGUAAAUGGGUGUGCCAUGAACAAGGCCAGUCGCCCCAGAGUAGGGCCAAGAGUUCUCCGCAAACGCUGAGCUCUCUCUUCCAACAGACUUAUUUUUUAUUUUAUUGCCUUCUGAUUAUUAAAUUAUUGUAUAAAUUUGGAUUUUGUAUAAAAAAUAUGGCAGCUGUGCUGCAAUUAUUUUGUCACACAUGGAAAUUAGCUUUUCUAUUUUGGAUAAAAUUAUUUCAUCA